UCCCUUCCCUCACUCAGCUCAUUCCAACACUUACCCUUUUAUCAUCUCUCAUCUCCUUUUAUUUGUACUAAAAUGUCUAAACUCAGCUCAUUUCUUCCUUUCUCUUACCACUGCCCCAAACCCAACUUCUCUUCUUCUUCUUUUCUCUAGGCGUCUAUCUUUUUCCAGAUACCCUAAAAGAACGACUGCUUUCCUCCUUUCUUUUCAAAACCCAGAUCUGUAAUAUUCAUCUCCAACCUCAAAAGCUAUGACCCACUAACAGAUUCUGCCCUUUUCUCUUUUCUAAUGCCGUCGUCUGACCCGAAAACCCGAUCCAAACCUCCUGCUUUGCCUCCAGCUUCCGAUGCGCCUCCUAUUCCGCCUUCUUCUUGGGCUAAGAAAACUGGGUUUAAGCCCAAGUUCUCUGGGGAAACAAAUGCCAGUGACUCGGGUCAAGUACAGUUGCCUUCCAGGGCUAGAGAGAACAACAGCCAGGCUGAUCUUGAAGUGGGUCGGGUUCGACCUGCACCAGCGGCGGUGAAUGGGGAGCAACAACCGGUGAAUGGGAAGGGCCCGGCGGAGAAGAAGAGGAGGGAGGUUGAUGGGGCGAAUAAAGGGAGUUCCGCUUCCGCUGCUAACGGACAUACGGUUAACAAUGGGGCGGCGCCACAGCCGCAGCAGCCGACUAGGAGGGCGUCUAGGAAUGAGGAAGUGGUGGAUGUGUUGCCGCAAAAUGUGGAUGAUGAUGGAUUCGUGGGAAGGCACUCGCAUAUGAAAUAUGAGCUUAGAGAUACUCCUGGUCUUGUUCCUAUUGGUCUUUACGGGUUCCAGCAUUAUCUUUCAUUGUUGGGUUCAUUGAUUCUUAUCCCGCUCGUUAUAGUUCCGGCAAUGGGUGGCACUUAUGAGGAUACUGCAAAUGUGGUGUCGACAGUACUCUUUGUGUCUGGAGUGACCACACUAUUGCAUUCAUUCUUGGGGUCACGGUUGCCUCUGAUACAAGGUUCAUCAUUUGUUUUCCUUGCUCCUGCAUUAGCGAUAAUCAACUCUCCAGAGUUCCGAGGACUAAAUGGGAAUAACUUCAAGCAUAUCAUGAAGGAGUUGCAAGGGGCAAUUAUCAUAGCUUCAGCUUUUCAAGCAUUACUUGGAUACAGUGGACUAAUGUCAUUAUUCUUGAGGUUAAUCAACCCAGUAGUCGUUGCACCUACCGUUGCAGCUGUUGGACUUUCUUUUUAUAGUUACGGUUUCCCACUAGUGGGGAAUUGUCUUGAGAUUGGUAUCGUGCAGAUAUUGAUGGUCAUUAUAUUUUCUCUUUAUCUUCGUAAGAUAUCUGUUCUCGGCCAUCGGAUAUUCCUAAUCUAUGCUGUCCCUUUGAGCCUUGUAAUCACAUGGGGAGUUGCUUUCCUUCUCACCGAAGCAGGAGCCUAUAGCUAUAAAGGCUGUGAUACGAAUAUCCCUGUCUCAAAUAUAAUAUCUGAGCAUUGCAGAAAACAUGUCUCGAGGAUGAAGCAUUGUCGGGUUGAUACAUCUCAUGCAUUCAAAUCUUCCCCAUGGUUUAGGUUUCCUUAUCCAUUACAAUGGGGAACUCCCGUCUUCCACUGGAAAAUGGCCAUUGUCAUGUGUGUGGUUUCAAUAAUUGCCUCGGUGGAUUCGGUUGGUUCAUACCAUGCAUCAUCAUUGCUGGUGUCAUCCAGGCCUCCAACUCCCGGUGUUGUUAGCAGAGGAAUUGGCCUUGAGGGUUUAUCGAGUAUAUUAGCUGGUCUCUGGGGUAUCGGAACAGGAUCCACAACACUUACGGAAAAUGUUCAUACAAUUGCAGUGACUAAGAUGGGAAGCCGCAGAGCUGUUGAAUUGGGUGCAUGUGUUUUGAUAGUCUUAUCCCUUGUAGGUAAAGUUGGAGGGUUCAUUGCUUCAAUUCCUGAGGUCAUCGUUGCUGCUCUCCUGUGCUUCAUGUGGGCGAUGCUUGCCGCUUUGGGUUUGUCGAAUCUACGUUAUAGUGAGGCCGGGAGCUCUCGGAAUAUCAUAAUAGUUGGGUUAUCUUUAUUUUUUUCACUCUCGAUACCGGCGUACUUUCAACAAUAUGGCAUCUCUCCAAAUUCCAACAUGUCUGUUCCAAGUUAUUUUCAACCUUAUAUAGUGACAUCUCAUGGCCCUUUCAGAACAAAAUAUGAAGGGGUAAAUUACAUUAUGAAUACAUUGCUGUCAUUAAACAUGGUAAUUGCCUUCAUUGUGGCUGUUAUACUUGACAACACUGUACCGGGAAGCCGACAAGAACGAGGAGUUUAUGUGUGGUCUGAAUCUGAGGCUGCAAAAAGGGAACCAGCAGUGGUCAAAGACUACGAGUUGCCUUUCCGGGUCGGUCGGAUUUUCAGAUGGGUAAAAUGGGUCGGUCUUUGAGAAUUCUUUUGUUGCAGAGGGCAUGGACGGUAAUGAUCAAUCACAUGGUACAAGUUCAUCAAUACUCAUUCUUUGGGAUGACUGGUCAAUAUUGGUAAAUAGAUUGUCUGAACUUUUUGCACACACGAUGGAACUAUGUUUUUGGGGUGGCUAAUGGCAACAGAGAUGUAAGUUAUUUUGUGUACAUUGAAAAGGUCCGGAGGGGAUCAAGCUGUGUUGUAACUUUAGAAAUUAUUGAAAGGAAAACCCCAUUGUAUCUA